AUGUCAGAUACAGACAAUGAGUAUGGUUUCGAAUCAUUGCUAUACUGCUCAGCCUCAAGUAUAGGAAUCACCAGCGAACCUCCCGGCCAUAGCGCUCCAGCGCCUGCGCAGAAUCCGGUAUCUGCCGCCAAACUCCCUUCUUCUGAGAUAGAGGCAGCCUCGGUGCCGAAAGAACCUUCGACAGUUGAGCCAGCACCGCUCGAGGUUGAUGACGCCACCGAUGACGACAGCUCUUCGAUCGACGAGCGAAUCACCACAUACACGAAAUCGCUUUCAUCAAGCAUCGUUGACUAUCCAGUAGACUACGGACGAAGAUAUCAUGCUUUUCGCCGAGGAACUUACGUACUUCCGAAUGACGAUAUUAUCGGCAACGACUUGAGUGCUAUUCAGCCCGGAUGGGUCCCCUCCAAUGUCAAGUUCGAGAUCGAUGACGUCGAGAGUUUGUGGGCUGGAGUCGAAAAAUACGACUACGUAUUCGUCCGACACAUGCUUGUCUCUAUCGCUGAUUGGCCCAAGUUGGUUCGCAACGUCUUCAAAUAUCUCAACCCUGGGGGCUGGGCCGAGUUCCAAGAUCUGAAUUCGGAGUAUUAUUCCGACGACGGAACCUACACCGAGGAGCAUAUAACACGCAAGUGGAAUAAGCAGUUCGUGGACGCUUACUGGGUCAAGGACACUGGAUUCCAGAACGUGAAGCACUACAAAUUCAAGCGCCCCAUAGGUCCCUGGGCCAAGGAUCCCUAA